CUUCUUUCUACAAUUGAUUCCCUUCUUUAUCAUCAUGGCUGACGAGAAACGUUCGAAAUCCAAGUCUGACAAUAACAAAAAACGCAACAACAAAAAACAAAAGGAAGAAACAAGUGCUCUUUUACACAAUAAUGAACCAAAAAUGGCUGUUCGUGAAUAUGUCGUUAAUGAAGAAAAGUAUAUCCGUGGCGAUGAUAUCGAUUAUGAGAAAAUCAAAGGUCAAAAACUAAAGGCUCGUAUUCGAAAACAACAAGAAAGUGCUCGAGAUGCAGCUCAAUCAGCAGCUCGUGCUGAAAUGUUACUUGGUGAAGAAGCUGGAUACUUGGAAGCCGAAGGGAUUGAAAAGACAUAUAACUAUAGACAAGAUCAAUUGGCUGCAGAUACUGAUAUCAAUACAGCAAGCAAGAUCUUUUCUUUGGAUCUUCCUGACUUUGGUCCCUAUGCACUUGAUUAUACUCGAAAUGGACGACAUUUACUUUUAGGUGGACGCAAAGGUCAUCUUGCUGCUUUUGAUUGGCAAAAUGGCAAACUACACUUUGAAACUCAUGUCAAAGAAACUGUUCGAGACGUCACUUGGCUUCACAAUGAAACAUUACUUGCUGUGGCUCAAAAGAAAUAUGUCUUUAUUUAUGAUCAAACUGGUUUAGAAAUUCAUCGUAUGAAGAAUCAUAUUGAAGUCAACAAGAUGGAAUUUCUACCAUACCACUUUUUAUUGGCCACCGUGGGUAAUGCUGGUUAUUUGAAAUAUCAAGAUACAUCUACUGGUAAUCUUGUUGGUGAAAUUCGAACGAAACUAGGUGGUUGCAAAACUAUGACACAAAAUCCAUAUAAUGCAGUGAUUCAUCUAGGUCAUACCAAUGGCACAGUAACAAUGUGGUCUCCUACUAUGCAUACGCCUCUGGUCAAGAUGUUGUGUCACAAAGGUGCUGUUCAAGCUGUGGCUGUAGAUAAGGGUGGACAUUAUAUGGCAACUUCAGGAUUAGAUGGUCAGUUAAAGGUAUGGGAUAUCCGAAAUUAUGGUGUUCUUCAAGAAUAUUAUACUCCUGCACCUGCUACUUCAUUAUCAAUUUCACAAAGAGGAUUAUUGGCAGUUGGCUGGAAUACACAUGUGACGGUCUGGAAGGACGCAUUCCGAACAAAGCAAGAAUCACCCUAUAUGACUCAUUUACAAGCAGGAUCACCUAUUAUGGAUAUCAACUUUUGUCCUUAUGAAGAUGUAUUAGGUAUUGGUCAUUACAAGGGAAUGAGUAGUAUUGUAGUACCUGGUUCAGGUGAACCCAACUUUGACUCUCUUGAAGCUAAUCCAUUCCAAACCAAGAAACAACGACAGGAAGCUGAAGUUCAUAGUUUAAUGAGCAAGUUACAACCUGAUAUGAUUGUGUUGGAUCCCACUGACAUUGGCAAGUUGAAUCGAACAAGCAAGGCAGAAAUGCAAAAACGACAAAGGGAAGAUGAAGAAGAACGACGUUUACAAGAAGGCCCAGAGCAAGUCAAGGAUAGAAAACGAAUGCGAGGACGUAACUCGGCAAAGAAACGAUAUAUGCGAAAGCAAAAUCAAAAGAAUGUGGUGGAUCAAAAGCAAUUGGAUAUAAUGGAAAUGAAGGCAAAUGAAGGCAAAGGCAAAUCUACCGACACUCCUUUUACCACUUUGGAUAUCUUUUAGUUUAGUCCCAUUUUUUAUCGCUAACCUUUUUAUUAUUAUUAUUAUUAUUAUUUAUUCUUAUCACCAUCAUCAUCAUUAUCAUCAUCAUUCAUCAUCCAUAUUAUAUUUAUUUUUUUUGUAUACAUUUUUUUUCUUUUGUACUUUUUAUUUUAUACAUUAGAUGAUCAUAUUACUUCAUGUCCCCUUUUUAUUUUACACAGUUCUCUUUUUUUUUUUUCUUUGACUCAUAUUACAUCCACACAUACAAAAUCAAUCAAUCAUCCAGAUACACAUAUGCACACACACACAGUCUCUC